UACGAUUCUCAUCAUUCCUACAACGGCAAUCGUUGAGACAACACCAAGCAACAUCGGUAUCUCCGAAUACAGAAACGCAUACAGCAAAUUUUUGUGAAAAGAUGGCUGACCACAUCACAGUGAUUGUGUGAAAUUUUUAUACCGUGGAAAUUUUCUCACUACCAGAGCAAUUCGUGUUUCAAUUAGUUGGUUAGUGUUUGAAAACGGCGCGCUUCAAUAUUACUUUUAUAUUUUAUUUAAUGUGCCUGAGUUUGAAUGAGAUAUUGGGUGAGAUAUGAAAAACUAAAACUUGUGUAAUUCCUCAAUUCUUGUAAAUAUUGCACACUCUAGCGUCUCUUGUGGACAAUAUCCUAAAGUGAUAAGUGAACAUUAAAGUAAUUGAAAAGUUUAGGCGAAAGGCCAAAAAGAAAAAAAACUAAAGUGAACAGUGGAAUUUUUUUUAAGAAGUUAUAAAGGCGGAAGAUAUUCAAAGUAAUUUGAGGGAAGAAGGUUUAUAAUGUGUGCGGCUCAGAGCAAUCCACCAGCCACUUUUGGAUACACUUGGGGCUUUGCUGAUAACACAAGGACCGAAUCUGUUGUUGAAAUCUCACCCAAUAUCAACUAUACGGUGAGUGAAACGAUGCCAUACUUGCAGUUGACCGAUUCUGGUGGGAUUACGGUGCAGAAGGAUUCAAAAGGAGCUAUAGCUCAUACAAACAAAGGAGUUGUUCGAAGGAUGAUUGUCAUGAAUGAGCCUUUCCCGCAGACCACAACACAGAGGGUUAUUACAACAGGCAGUGGAGCCACCACAGUCACUCACCACAAGAAACAUGAUGUGCUGACCAAUGGAAUAAUUGAUACAAAAGCCCAGACAGUUUUGACAACAGCCAGCGGAAAGAUGCAUUUUAUGAGUCCCAUUGGACCACUUCAACUCACAGCAGAGGAGUGUAAUGAGAUUUUGGCUAAGAGAGCCAUGAGUGCUGCCCAAACUCAACAUACCACAAUAGCAACAACUACAGAUGGGCAUCAUGCAGGUUGGUCUGGAAUCGCCGUACAAGUGCAAAAAGUUAUUCAGGGUUUGGAGGAAAAUGAUGAUUCACAGACAGCCUCAUCGACACAUUGCAAAUUGGAACCCGUUAUGAGUAUCUCACCGAAAUUGGAGUUCAUCGAACAACCAAGUAGCCAUGAGGAAGCCAUACCGAAGAAAGAACGUCCCUACUCGUGUGAUGAGUGCGGCAAAUCUUUUCUGCUAAAACAUCAUCUUACGACUCAUGCUCGGGUACAUACGGGCGAACGGCCGCAUGUAUGCGUCCACUGUGGCAAGAGCUUUGCCCACAAGCACUGUCUCAACACACAUCUUUUGCUGCACUCUACGGAUCGACCGUAUCAGUGCAAUGAAUGCAAGAAAAGCUUCACACUGAAGCACCAUCUGCUUACGCAUUCACGUGUCCACAGUAGGGAACGUCCAUUUGUGUGCCAGGAGUGUGGGAGAUCGUUUCCAUUGAAGCGUCAUCUCGUCACCCACAGCAAAUUCCAUGCCGGCGAACGACCAUACGUGUGUGAUGAUUGUGGUGAGAGUUUUGCACAGAAGGAGCACCUUGUAAUGCAUUCACGUUUUCACGGAUCCCUGAAUCCUUUUGUCUGCCAAGAUUGUGGUGCAACGUUUCCACGGAAAUUCCAGUUAGUGAACCAUGGACGAAUUCAUGGACGAGUGCCCCACUCCUGUCCCAUUUGUGGUAAGGAGUUUCUCCAGAAGCGCACUUUGGUUGCUCACACUCGUCUCCAUACGGGUGACCAGCCAUAUCCAUGCACAAUCUGUGGAGAGGGUUUUCGCACGAAGCCCGAACUCAAUCAACACAACCGACAAGUCCAUGGCGGUCAAUCAACCACAACAACCGCGACAGCUAAUACAAUUGUGGCAACGAAUGCAAUUGUUGCAAACAAUCAACACGCACAGCAUGUUCAGGUGCAUACAUCGCAGCAGCAACAACCACAGCAGCAGACGCAUCAGGCACAAGCGGCAGCACAGCAGCAGCAACAACAGCAGCAGCAACAGCAACAGCAGCAGCAACAACAGCAGCAACAGCAACAACAGCAAACGGUGACUGUGGUGACCAACACAAACAACGGACUAGUUACGACGAUAGCAACCCCUUCGACAGCAGCAGAGGCGGCCCGUCCGCAAUUUGCUUGCCGUGAAUGUGGCAGUGCCUUUAACAGUCGUGAAGCCCUUGCUCUCCAUUUGCGACUUCAUACCGGAGACAAGAGCCUCAUGACAGAUCUAUGUGCUCUCACAGCAGCAAUUCCUGGACAUUUCUUAAAUACCAACAUUAACUCCGGAACAACUGUCGUGGCUGCAAAUCCCGCCGUGGUAUCUCCUACACCCGUGCCCGUGCAAAUAAUAACAUCGUCGGGUCAAGUGGUGAGUCAAGCCAUGGCGGUGCAGAGUGCACCUCAACCACAACAAACGGUGGUGCAGACGGUAGCACCUCAGCAGAAGCCCAAGACGCACUUCUGCAGCAGUUGCGGUAAGGGAUUUGCUGCCAAACAUGGCCUCCUGCAGCACAAUAGACGUCAUACAAAUGGAAGUUGCACGCUGAGAACACAUGUUUGCGAAUGCGGAAAGGCCUUCUUCCAGAAGAACCAUUUGAUGCUCCAUCAACGUCAGCAUCUAGAGACCAAGCCCAAUAUCAGCCAGCAGCAAGCUCAGCAGAAUCAGCAAGCGGCGCAACAGCAAACGCAGGCUCAGCAGGCGCAGCAACAGUCGCAGCAGCAGUCACAACUUAGUCAACAGCAGGCGCAACAGCAGUCACAACAGCAGUCACAGCAGGCCAUGACUAGGGAACUGGUUAUCAAUUCGCAACCCGUGCAGGUGCAGGUGUUGCAGGGCAAUGCACCUCAAAUUAUCAAAUACGAAAUAAUGUCACAUGAGCCGGGUCAAGCAAUUGAGUGAGGACAGGAGGCCAUGCUCCGUAUACAGCAUCCAGAUGGUACGGCAGAAAUGCGCAAAGUUAUGAUCAUCAAGUGAUCAUUCAAAUGAGGAGAACAUUGUCAAGUGAAAAAGUGACAGGUUAGGAAUAUAGGAUGAAGCUUAAGAUUUUCUUUUGAAAAUUAUAUAUUUUUCUUUUUAUUUUUUUUUCUUUACUUGUUAAGCUGGAAUGAAAUAAAAGUUAUUGAAGAAAGUAAAAAA